ACUUGUUUCUUUGGCCGGCUGUAUAGUGAUGAUGUCAAAAUAGCCAUUUUGAAAACUAUCUUGUCCCUUUCAAUUUUGUCAAAUUCUUAUUGAUAAGAAAAUGAUUUCGUUGGACACAACGGAACCUUUGCAUCUGUACUAAUAAAUCAAGUUUAACCGUUUAAAUAGCAGAUAUAGAUCCAUUUUGGAGAAGAAACCAAACAGGAAAAGAAAUCUUAUCAAACAUAGGACAAACUAAAGAUAAUAACAGAUCAUAAAACAAACUGAAAAUGUACUCAAUAGUGUAGAUGCUGUAUAUAUAAAGAUACUGGCUAGUAGGAUAUAGUUCAAACUAUCCUAUCCAUGGCUCUACUAGUCCUCUACUUGCCAUAUAUUUUCUUCUUUAUCCUCUUAACCCUUAUAGUACAAAAGAUAAGAAAGAAGAAAAGUUACUCGGCUUAUAACAUACCGCCUGGGCCUAGAAAGUUACCAAUUAUAGGAAAUAUACACAAUCUGUUAAGCUCUCAACCCCAUCAAAAAUUAAGAGACUUGGCGAAAAAAUAUGGACCAGUGAUGCAUCUUCAACUUGGAGAGGUUUCUGCUAUGGUCAUUUCAUCCCCCGAGUGUGCUAGUGAGGUGAUGAAAACCCAUGAUAUUCACUUUUCAUCAAGGCCUCAAAUCCUGGCUACAGAAAUAAUGUCUUACAAUUCCACAAGUAUAGCUUUUGCUCCUUAUGGUAAUUAUUGGAGACAGCUACGGAAAAUCUGCACACUGGAGCUUUUAAGCCUAAAAAGGGUCAACUCAUACCAACCAAUUAGAGAAGAAGUGUUUUUCAAUCUUGCCAAAUGGAUUGCCUCACAGGUCGGAAUUCCAAUCAACAUUACUGAAGCUGUACGUUCGUCAAUAUACACAAUUGUUUCGAGGGCUGCUUUUGGCAAUGAAUGCAAAGACCAAGAUAAAUUUAUAUCAGUGGUAAAACAAUCAAUAAAGGUUGCAGGGGGUUUUGACUUGGGAGAUUUGUUUCCCUCAGCUAAAUGGUUACAGCUUGUUACUGGUAUGAGGCCUAAGCUUGAGAGGUUUCAUCGACAAACUGAUCAGAUAUUUGAAAACAUCAUCAAUGAGCAUAAAGAGGAAAAGUACACAAAAGCCAAAGAUGAUCAAGGUAAAGUAGAAGAAGAUCUGAUAGACGUUCUCUUAAAAUAUGAGGACGGUAGCAACCAGGAGUUUACCUUAACAAAAAACAAUAUCAAGGCCAUAAUCCUGGACAUUUUUGCUGCUGGAGGUGAGACAUCAGCAAGCACCAUAGAUUGGGCAAUGGUAGAAUUGGUAAAGGAUCCAAGAAUCAUGAAGAAAGCACAAGAUGAGGUGAGAGAGGUUUUCAAAAUGAAAGGAAGGGUUGAUGAAAAUUGCAUCAAUGAACUCAAUUAUUUGAAAUUAGUUGUCAAAGAAACCUUAAGGCUACACCCUCCAGCACCUCUUUUGUUACCGAGAGAAUGUAGUCAAGAAUGUGAUAUAAAUGGUUAUCACAUACCGAUUAAGACUAAGGUGUUAGUCAAUGCUUGGGCAGUUGCAAGAGAUCCAAACUACUGGACUGAACCAGAGAGGUUUUAUCCAGAGAGAUUCAUCGACAGCGAUAUUGACUAUAAAGGGAGUAACUUUGAGUACAUUCCUUUUGGUGCUGGAAGAAGAAUAUGUCCAGGGAGCACAUUUGGUUUGACAAAUAUUGAGCUGGUCCUUGCAAUGUUAUUGUAUCAUUUUGACUGGAAGCUUCCUAGUGGAAUAACAGGUGAAGAAAUGGAUAUGACUGAGGAAUUUGGACUCACGGUGAGAAGAAAAGAUGAUCUUUUAUUGUGCCCUUUUGUUUAUAAUCCUUUGCAAGGUACAUGAGCUUCACGAGAAGAAACUGAAAACUUUGCCAGUGUACCGAUAAUUAUUUUAGCAGAGUGCCGAAAACAUACCUUCUUCCAGUCGAAAUAAGUUGGCUAUGCUUGGCUAUAAGAGUUAAAAUAAAUAAAGAUUGUUCAACUUAACCAUGUUUACUAGAUUGCAUAUAGUAAAUAGUUUUCAUUCAAUCUUAAUUUAAUCUCUAAUUUAUAAUAUUCAAAUCAGUUCCCGAAUUUAAAUAACUAGCGAAUAAAUCUACAUCCUUAAGCCCUAUUAUAAGGGAUUGAAAUUUACCUUUCCCUCUCCUUUCAAUACAAACCAGAUGCUAACCCUUUCAUUGAGCUUUUUAAUACCUACCAGCCUUCUAUCUUUUUGCAUAAUGCUUUCUAAUAAGAUUUUCAA